CUGUCUCCGUGCGGUAUAAUUAGAUUCCUGUCCACUCGGUGCGGAGUUCUGUAGCGGAAGUUGUCAAACUGUAUAAGCACAUGGCAAAAUGGCAAGUGAUACAGAACAAUUCGUGGAGGAGUUAAACUUCAAACAUCUGACUGUGCCAGAUUUUGGGAAACCAAACGCUCAACAACACAAGCUCCUUCAUGAUCUGCUUAAACCUCACAUAGAGUCGUUCAACUAUCUGAUUCAUGAAGGUCUUCAAGCAGCAGUUGAUGAUAUUGCCCCGUUACGGUUUCAACUUCCCAACAAUGAUCAAGUAACAUUGUCCCUUUCAAAUCCGUCGCUGGGCUCACCAUGUGUGUCCGAGAACAACAAGCAUGCCAGCACCUUCCAGGUGUUCCCCACCGAGUGUCGACAGAGGGGUAUGAGCUACAAGGGGUUGCUGGAAAUCCACGUUGGAUGCUAUGUUGGGAGUCAUCUGAUUGAAGAGAGGGAACAGUCACUAGGGCACCUGCCCAUCAUGGUGAAGUCUGACCUUUGUAAUUUGUCCAAACUGACGCCAGCACAGCUGGUCCAGCGGAAUGAAGAUGAAGAGGUUUGCUGUACUUACUUUGUGGUCAAUGGAAAUGAGAAAGUCAUACGGAUGUUAAUUAUGAACAGGAGAAACGUGCCUCUGUGCUUCAAGCGAGAUCGAUGGCGGAUGCGAGGGAAUGGGUACACAGAGUAUGGCGCCACCUGUCGAUGUGUGAAGGAGGAUCAUGAGGGGCAGAACAUGUACCUCCACUAUCUGACCACUGGUGCCAUGAUGACGUGCUUCAUCUACAAUCGGGAGAUGUUCUUCAUCCCACUUAUGACCAUUCUCAAGGGACUGAUAGAUUGCACAGACAAGUUCAUCUUUGAUGAGCUCACCAAGGGGAAGGAAGAAGAUUCCUUCUAUAAAGGGUGUGUGGUGAACAUGCUGCAGGAGACUCUGUCAGACGAACUGUUCACCACGUCGGACGUACUCAAGCACAUCGGCCAACACUUCCGCGCCAAGCUUGCCUACAGAUUCUGUCCUCCAUGGAUCUCUGACAAACAGGCUGGGGAACUCUUCUUCAAACAUAUUGUGUGCAUGCAUCUUAGAUCCAACAAAGAAAAGUUUGACUUUCUCAUUCACAUGGCGAGGAAGUUGUACGCGUUCACGAAGGGCGAGUGUGCUGCUGAUUCCCCCGACAACCCCAUGAACCAUGAACUGUUGUUGUCCGGACAUCUCAUGCUGAUGGUCAUCAAGGAGAAGAUGAAUGACUUCCUCAUGAGGGUGAAGUUGGUGAUACAGAAGGCUGCUGAAGCAGUGGAUGACUUUGAGCUCACACCUGCUGCCUUUCAGCGUGCACUGUCACAGUCAGGUGGAGACAAGUGUGAAGUGACGAGGAGUGUACAGUAUCUCCUGUCCACUGGAAACCUGACAUCUCGAUCUGGUCUGGGACUCAUGCAGUAUAAUGGCUUCGCCAUUGUGGCUGACAAACUCAACUUCUUCCGGUUCCUGUCCCACUUCCGGUGUGUCCACCGAGGAGCGGUCUUCACCACCAUGAGGUCCACAGGAGUCCGCAAGCUCCGCCCCGAAGCCUGGGGUUUCAUUUGCCCUGUACACACACCAGAUGGCGCUCCAUGUGGCCUGAUGAACCAUCUCACUCAUAGCUGUCAGGUUGUGACGGUGCAGCACAAGAAGACGCACCUCCUGACGGUGAUGGAGGACGCAGGAUUGUGUCGACUGGAAGACAGAUCUCCAGGCACGGUGAAGGGCAGCUACCCCGUCUACUUGGAUGGCAUCCCUGUUGGGUACAUCAGCGACAACCUUGCUAAAAACUUCUGUGAUAGACUUCGCGUCAUGAAAGUCAAGGGAAUUGAUAAGGUGCCGGCUAUUCUGGAGAUCUGCCUGGUUCCCAAGACCGAGUUUGCCAGCCAGUAUCCAGCAGUCUACCUGUUCAUGGGCCCCACCAGGAUGAUGCGGCCCGUCCUCAACCUAAGUCUGGGGAUGGUGGAAAUGAUAGGCACGUUCGAGCAGGUCUACCUCGAUAUCUGCAUCACGGAGGAGGAGUUCCACUCCGGGGUGACCACACAUCAGGAAAUUGCCCCAACCAGCAUACUCAGCUUCUUGGCCAAUAUGACACCAUUCUCCGACUUCAACCAGAGUCCCAGGAACAUGUACCAGUGCCAGAUGGCAAAGCAGACGCUGGGAACCGCCUGCCACAACAUCGCCCACCGCGCCGACAACAAGCUCUACCGUCUCUUGACACCACAGUCUCCACUCGUCAGGCCUAAAUACUACUCUGAUCUGGGUAUUGAUAUCUACCCUCCUGGCACCAACGCUGUGAUAGCUGUCAUAUCCUAUACAGGCUAUGACAUGGAAGAUGCUAUGAUCAUCAACAAGUCAUCGGCAGAGAGAGGUCUGGCCCAUGGCUGUAUAUACAAGUCUCAGUCUAUUUCUCUUCAGACGGAAACAGCAACCAACACGAAGUAUUCCUGCGUUCUUAGUUACAUACCCAGCAAGUCGAGCCAGAAAUGGAAUCUUGACUCGGAUGGUCUGCCCCCAGUCGGUGCCUAUCUUCAGGACGGGGACGCUCUGUACAGUUACGUGAACAUCCAGACUGGUGCCAUGACAGUAGAGAAAUACAAGAGCCAGGAGGCAGCCUAUGUAGACAGCGUGAAGAUUCUGCAGAACCCAUCAGAUGACGGUGGAACCGGGCUGUUGCAGAGAGCCAUCUUGAUGCUUAGGAUACAGAGAAACCCAAUCAUUGGAGAUAAGUUCGCAACACGGCAUGGCCAGAAGGGAAUUUGCAGCAUGUUCUGGCCAGCCGAGGACAUGCCGUUUACGGAGAGUGGCAUGACGCCAGACAUUAUUUUCAACCCUCAUGGCUUCCCGUCAAGAAUGACGAUAGGUAUGAUGAUCGAGAUCAUGGCGGGGAAGUCAUCCGCCCUCCAUGGCCUUUGCCACGAUGCCACGCCCUUCACAUUCUCCGAACAACAGCCCGCUAUCGACCACUUCGGCAAGAUGUUGACAGCAGCUGGCUACAACUACUAUGGCACAGAGACUAUGUACAGCGGUGUGAAUGGCCGAGAGAUGGAGGUCAACAUCUUCUGCGGCCUCGUGUACUACCAGAGACUUCGUCACAUGGUGUCCGAUAAGUUCCAGGUGAGGAGUACAGGUCCUGUCGAUUCCCUCACUCACCAACCUGUUAGGGGGAGGAAGAGGGCCGGCGGAAUCAGGUUUGGAGAGAUGGAGAGAGACGCCCUCAUAGCUCACGGCACAGCUUUCCUCAUCCAUGACAGACUCUUCAACUGCUCCGAUGGAACACUGGCCCGUAUCUGUACGUCGUGUGGGAGUCUGCUGUCUCCGUGUCUUGACAAGCCACCUGUGGCUACUGCAGCAGCAUCAGUUGAGUCCCGCCGGGUGUGGUCCUGCAAGGUGUGUCGGAGGUCAGACACCAUACAGGUCGUUGCCGUCCCCUACGUCUUCCGCUACCUCGUAGCCGAGUUGGCUGCCAUGAACAUUAAACUCAAACUUGGUGUCAGUUGAAGGUCAUACUGAAUGUUUAGAGACACUGAAGGACCCAAUCCGGGUUAGAUUGGUCUUCUGCAACCCAUGCUGCAGGUUCAGAGACCUUUGCGUGCAUGGCCCAGUGGUAAGAAAGGUUUGGCUGUGCAGAGUUGUGUCCCUUAAAUCAUCCCAGGAUCUGGUGAGUUCAGAUCUCCAAUUAACCCAGGUAAUGACCUGUACUCAAGGUGGUAUUCAAUACAAGUCACUCACCUCUUGUUUGAAUGGUCUGUAGGUUAAACAACACACAAUUGUAGAUAUCUUGGUCGACCGAGGGAUGUUAUGUAUAUUUGUAUACAAUCUGUAAAUAUGUGAUAUAAACUAGAGGAUAUUGGUGAUUUUGAUAAAUAUAUCAAUAUAAAGAUACCAAAGUAU